ACUUUAAAUCCGUUACAUAGCCUAUCCUAUACAUCCAAAUUUUGCAUUGUAUAAUUACUAAAAGAUGGUUUCACUUACUACAUGCAUAACUAUGCUGAUACUUUCUACACUGUCGUGUGUCACCUCUAAACCUAUAGCUGCAGGAUCAUCUAUGGAAAUUGCAGGGGCAGACGGCUCUACUGGUAUCAGCCAUAGUCUUUACAAGAGAAAAAUAAGAAGAUGCAAGCGCAGAAAAUCAGAUCCACCUGCAGCUAAAAAUAAAAUCAAGAGUGGUGUGAAAUCCCAGCCUACUCCAAAAUCUGCUCCUCAACCUGCUCCUCAACCUCCUACUCCAAAAUCUGCUCCAAAAUCCGUUCCUCAGCCUGCUCCAAAAUCUGUUCCAAAACCUGCUCCUCAGCCUGCUCCUCAACCUGCUCCUCAGCCUACCCAAUCUAUUCCUCAAGGUACACCUCGCAAAAGCGGAAAUACUGGUUUGAAUGAGUUUCAGCAAGAUUGCUUGAAUACGCACAAUCGAUUCCGUGCCAUUGUUGGCGUCAAUCCACUUAGCUGGUCUAUAGCUGCAGAACAAGCUGCUCAAACUUGGGCCAGUCAUCUUGCAUCUACAGGUCUUUUUCAGCACUCAAAGGGAGCUGUUGGUAAAUUUGGUGAGAAUCUGUUUUGGUCUAGUCGCGGCGUAUAUCCUUGCAGUCUAGCCAUUCAAGCGUUUUUUGACGAGCGUAAAGACUACAAUGGUGAACCAAUUGGGCAAGGAAAUUUUGAAUCCUAUGGUCAUUACACCCAACUGGUUUGGCCCGACACCACCCAACUUGGAUGUGCUCUUGCCGGAGGAAACACUGUCUGUGAAUAUUUUCCUCCUGGAAACAUUACAGGCAAGCGUGCUCCACGAUAGUCUUAUUUUUGUGCAUACUGAUUUUUACAGCUAUUGAAUAGAAAUAUUGAAAAAUAUUUGUGGUUU